AGCGGAAGUACAGACGCCAGGGGGUCCUGUCCACUGUGAGCCCGGCCCGUGUGGCAGCGGUUCCUCCCGGCGAUUCUAUCGCGCCGUCUUGGCUGCUGGUUGUGGCGUUCUCCAUCUCACCAUGCUGUCUCUAGAUUUCCUAGAUGAUGUGCGGCGGAUGAACAAGAGGCAGCUAUACUACCAAGUCCUAAAUUUUGGAAUGAUUGUCUCCUCGGCACUAAUGAUCUGGAAGGGGCUGAUGGUGAUAACCGGAAGUGAGAGUCCAAUUGUAGUGGUGCUCAGUGGCAGCAUGGAACCUGCCUUUCACAGAGGGGACCUCCUUUUCCUCACGAACCGUGUUGAAGAUCCCAUCCGAGUGGGGGAGAUCGUCGUCUUCAGGAUAGAAGGAAGAGAGAUUCCUAUUGUGCAUCGAGUCUUGAAGAUCCAUGAAAAGCAAAAUGGGCAUAUCAAGUUUUUAACCAAAGGAGAUAAUAAUGCCGUUGAUGACCGAGGCCUCUAUAAACAAGGACAACAUUGGCUAGAGAAGAAAGACGUUGUAGGGAGAGCGAGGGGCCUGUUCAUUUCAGAUAUUAUCAGGAGAACAGAUCAGUGGAGGACAGGAAUUAUUUGUUCCUUAUAUCGGAAUUGUGACAAUCCUCAUGAAUGACUACCCUAAAUUUAAGUAUGCAGUACUGUUUCUGCUGGGUUUAUUUGUGCUGGUCCAUCGUGAGUAAGAAGCGGCUGCGCUGCUCCUGGAAGAUGCUGUGCUUUUUGUUACUGGAUGUUUGGAGUAGAUCCUGGUCUGUGAUUGGCGGAUAUUCGGAGGACACACAUGUUGGCGCUUCUUGGUAGCACUGGUUUGCAUUAGUUUUGUUUCCACACCGAGGAUGUGUGGG